CUUCAAAAAAUAUUAAGCGGAGAAUAUAUUAUUUCUGAAUGGAAUACUCGAUUUGUACACUUAUCUGAAAAUGAUCAAAAACAAAACGAUAUUAAUAAAGCUAUUCCAUAUAAGGAAGAAAGUGAUGAACUUUUAUUAUUAAUACAUGUAGAAAAUGAUAAUGAUCAAACUUCAAAAAAACAUGCUUUACAUUAUCGUGGGCUUGCACAUCUUAGAUUGGGUCAAUACGGUGACGCAAUUGCAGAUUUUACUGAAGUACUGAAAAUUAACCCAAAGUCUAGAAUCCAUAUAUCUGAUCAUGCGCAAAAAAAUAUAAAAUCUUCGUUUAGGGAUGAUUAUCUUGGCAGAUGCUUAUGGAGUUUGCGUGGAUUUGCUUAUUUGCAACUACGUCAUGCUAAAAAGGCAUUUGCAGAUUUUAGUAAAUCAUUCGAAAUUAAAUAUUUAGAUAAGUUCUUGAACAAUGUCCCUUCUCACAUCAAUAAAAUAAAUAAAAUUGAUAGUCAUAAUUGGAUAUUCAAUGAAGCAGCCGAAAUAGAAUUCUUUGAACCAGAAGAUUCACUUUUUAAUGAUAUGGAAAAA